AGGUGCUGAACGAGGCUGUCGGUGCUCUGAUGUAUCACACCAUCACACUCACCCGAGAAGAUCUGGAGAAGUUUAAAGCUCUGAGAAUCGUCAUCCGCAUCGGCAGCGGAUACGACAACAUCGACAUUAAAGCAGCCGGAGAGAUGGGUAUUGCGGUGUGUAAUAUCCCGUCAGCAGCAGUGGAGGAGACGGCAGACUCGACUCUGUGUCACGUGUUGAAUCUGUACCGCAGGAACACGUGGUUAUACCAGGCUCUGCGCGAGGGCACGCGUGUGCAGAGUGUGGAGCAGAUCCGGGAGGUGGCGUCCGGAGCCGCACGCAUCCGCGGAGAAACACUCGGACUCAUCGGCUUCGGUCGGUCAGGUCAGGCCGUCGCCGUCCGGGCCAAAGUGUUCGGCUUCAACGUGAUCUUCUACGACCCGUACCUGCAGGACGGUCUGGAGCGCUCGCUGGGCGUGCAGCGCGUUUACACACUGCAGGACCUGCUGUACCAGAGCGACUGUGUGUCCCUGCACUGCAACCUGAACGAACACAACCACCACCUCAUCAACGACUUCACCAUCAAACAGGUG